AUGAGUCAUUUUCCAGGAGUAUUGUUCUUCUGGAAAGAUCCAAAAAGUCCAAUUGAUAUUAUACUUCUCCAGUCAGAUCAGUCCGAGAGUUUUGUGUAUUUGGUGUAUUUCAUUUUUGUACCAAAUAAUCUUUUAUUUUUAUAUUGUGGUAUUUCAGAGAUGUAUAGAAAUACUUUGAGACUGUUGUGGGGAGAAAAUAAAGCAAAAUAUAAUAUAGACGAAAGAAUUCGUGAGAACUUGUGUAGGUUGUUUAUUUCAAAAGAAAAUGUGUGCUUAAGUAAUCUUUAUCACGAUGAGUCAUCUUCCAGGAGUAUUGUUCUUCUGGAAAGAUCCGAAAAGACCAAUUGA